AUGUCUAACAGGUUUUGCGCGAUGCAGAGAAUAAAAGUUGUCGUCGCGCAUAGGCCUCCGUUUGUUUUCGUGGCCAAUACGUCCACAGGGCAGCUCUUUUCGGGCCUUCUGAUUGACCUGCUUAAUAGAAUCUUGAUUACGGGCAAUGGAUCUUUUCAGUAUGACAUGUAUGUGUCUGAAAUAAAUGCCGGCGGAACAAAGAGCAACGGAACGUGGAAUGGUGUCGUCGGCGAGCUCGUGGCCAAGCGUGCAGACGUCGCUCUGUUUCCCUUGACUCGGACUGCUUCCCGCCUCGAAGCCAUCGACUGCACUUACUCCUACUACGACGCAGGUCUCGCGUUGCUUGUGGGGGAUGGUCAGACCGCCCCCGGCCCGCUGUCCGUCGUGGCGCCCUUUGAAGUAACGUUGUGGAUCACACUGCUGUUCACUAUCAUUGGCGUUGCGCUGCUAUUCUGGGGCCUGGAUGCGUACGGCAAGUGGAUCCGGAACAAACAGUUUAAUGCGCUGCAUGCUUCGGGGGUGAUGUCAGCUGAGCAGGUGGCACAUGCGAAACAUGCCCCCUACAGCAGCGACCUCUCAAAACCCUCCCAAUGCCGCGGCCUUGGCUCAACCUGUGUGCUGCUGCACCCCUGCCGGUGCUUCCGUGAGCUGCAUAUUCGCCCCCGGGAUAUGGGUCUGGGCACGCAGGCUGCGAUCUGCCCUACCACCGCUACUGGGCACUCCCAGAAGCGCCGUUGCAGUGUUCCCGGCAUGCGGCAAUCCCGCUGUGCGUCGGCUGCUGCCAUUUUUAGUGACAUGAGGGAUGUUCUGAUGGCCAUGGACUACAAUCCCGUGAUGAUGAGCUUCAUGGCGGCUGCGGGUGCCCCAGAGCGACCCGGCCGCAAUAGCUGGGGCGUACAGGUGCUGUACGUGGUGUAUUGCUUCUUUUGCAUGAUCAUACUGUCAUCCUACACCGCCAACCUGACGUCGUACUUGGCUGUACGGCGGGCCUACGUGGGAAUUUCGGGGCUGCAGGACCUGGUCAAGGAUAACGCACUGGUGGGCGUCAACCCCAGCGGCUCCACUGCUGCCUACUUCACCGCCAGCAAGGACUCCCUGGCCACACAGCUCCAGCCCAACGUGCGGUACUGCGACACAGCCACCUGCGUGGCUUGGGUGCGACAGGGAGUAGUGCGGGCCUUCGUAACCGAUCAGCCGGUGUUGCUCUACCUAUCGCAGCGGCAGCCUUGCGACAUGGCGGUGGCGGGCGAACCUUUUGGACCAGGUGCCUGGGGUAGGGGUAACUUGGUGAUUGGGCUGCAAAAGAACUCCUCUCUGCUGCCGUUUUUUAACUCAGCUCUGCAGACGUUCUCGGAGGACGGCACACUGAGUUUGCUGCGACGCAUCUGGUUUGAUGGACUGAGCCAGUGCGAUGGCAGCGAUGCUGAGCUGGACAGCAGCCGUCUCACCAUCAGCCAGAUGUUGGGAGCCUUUGUGUUUUUGGCUAUUGGUAUCCUCAUUGCCUUUACCACCGGCACUGUGGAGAACCUGAAAUGGUGUCUUGCACGGGCCUACGCCAAGUCCUACUCAGAGCAAAGUGUGCGGGCGGCGCAGAACCUCUCCUCGAAUGGCCAGCUUACUCGCAGCUCCACCUUCCUCCGGCAAGCCGAGCGCCUGCGGACCUCUACCUGGCACCGUCUCUCCAUUGCGGUGCUGGGCAUCAGCAAGCCGGCGCAGCCAAUGCCUGAGCCGUCCAUGGAAGGCCGCCCCUCGAACACAGGACCGCAUCAAGGCCGUACAGAAGCGUCUGCAUUGAUGGCCUCGAUAGUAAAGCGGAGGCGUGUGGAAGCGUCUAAUGGUGGUGGCCAGGGUGAUCAUGCUGUUAGCAUUACCACAAAUACCGUCACCGGUGUCACUGCGGAUGGCACACAGCCCCGUGAUCUUGUACUCCUCGUAGACUAUGGCGGCGUGGUCGCUACUGCAGGCAACGGUGACGUCAAUGAGUGCCGUGGCGUGGGAGAUGACGGUGUGCGUGCGGCUGUUGCAGCCGGCAAAGAGUCGCCCAAUGAGGUGACGAACUGUGUUGCCGCGAUGGAGGCACCCGCGCUGGAGCCGAUGGUAUCGUCUGUCUGCUCCCAGGCCUUUCCUCAUGUCGAUCAGCGGAGUGGGCGUGGCCGUGCACUGUCUGGACGGCUCUCCAGCUUCUGCUGCUGCAAGGAGGAGCUCCAUCAGCAGGAGGGCGCCUUUCACCCCGAGCAUGGUCUCCAAGGGUUGCACCCGCUGGCUCUGACAGCGUCUACUACAGCUGUUAUGGCACUGCCGGGCCAGCAGCGCGUAUUUGUAGAGGUUACGUGUGCCGUACUGUGCCGUACCAGCUACUACACCGUCUACCUGGCGGAAUGGGACCGCGAGCUUCUCUGCUGUAAUCGUACUUUCGCAACCCCCGCAACGCCGGAUGAUGACGCUAUCAACGUCAUCUCGGACAUCUCAUUUGGUGCAGCUCAGGUUGGCUUGACUUGA